AUGAAUUUUCGAAAACCAGAUAAAACGGCUGAUUUAAUCGAUAGUAUCAUAAAUAGUGAAAAUGGGAAAGUUCAAAAAUAUGUUUUAGAAAGAAAAAGAAAGGAAAAAGAAUUUCUAGAAAAAAAAGAAAAUAUAAAAAAAAAAUCUAUGAUGGCUCCAAAAUUAAAUCAAAUGUUUGUUAAAAAUAAAAAUGAAGAUGAUAAAUUGAUUAGCGAAACAAUAGGUCUCAGAACUGUACAUGAAUAUAAAAAAAUUAAAGAUGAAAUAUAUAGUAACAAAAAAGAUAAUGAUUUAAGAGAAAGGACACAAGAUGAUAAACAUACCAAACAAAAAAACUUUAAAUUGUCUUUUUUGUCAGAAGAUGAUGAUAGUGAUAUUAAUAAAAAUGAAAGUGAUAUUAAUAAAAAUGAAAGUGAUGAUAAUAAAAAUGAAAGUGAUGAUAAUAAAAAUGAAAGUGACGAUAAUAAAAAUGAAAGUGACGAUAAUAAAAAUGAAAGUAAUGAUAAUAAAAAUAAUGGUGAUGGUAAUAAAAGCGAUAAUGAUAUGCUAGGUCAACAAAAUGAUUUAAACAAUAAUAAAUCCUACGAAAAAAAUGAAAAUAAAAAAGAGUUAUCGUCGAAUAGAAAUAAAAAUAAAUUGGACAACAAAAAUGCUUUUACUAAUAAAAUUAUGAAAGACCCUACGGUAAAUACAUCUUUCUUAAAAGAUAAAGAAAGAGAUAAAAAAAUAGAAUUAAAGAAAAAAGAAUUAAGAGAAUUAUAUUAUAAAUUAGAAAAUGAACAGAAAGAAAAAGUCAUAGAUAUUACUUAUUCAUAUUAUGAUGGUAGUGGACAUAGAAGAAAAAUAUCCGUUAAACAAAAAAAUACUAUAGGACAAUUUAUAAAUAAAUGUGUUGAUAACUUAAAAAAUGAAUUCAUACAAUUAAGAUCUGCAUCAUGUGAAACUUUAAUGUUUGUUAAAGAAGAUGUUAUUCUUCCAAAUUAUAUCACAUUUUAUGAACUUAUAAAAAAUAAAGCUCAAGGAAAAACAGGACCCUUAUUUUCAUUUGACGCGGUCGAAAAUUUAUCUGGAAUUACGGACAUCAGGAAGGAAAAAACGGAU